GAGCCGUGAAAAGGAGCGGGGCCGCUCGCCUCGCUGACGCCGAGCCGGCCGCAGCCUCCAGAGACCCGUGUCGGGGCAGCAGCAGGGUCCUCACCCCUUCGUGUCCGGUGUCCUGCAGCAGCGUCCCUGGGUGCCGCCGGGGAUGGCAGGGGAGUUGCGAGAUGAGCGUUUCCUCUACAUGAUCUCGUGCUUCAGGCCGCGGCUGAAGCAGUUCAUCCGGGUGCAGCCGGUGCUGGACCGGCUCCCUUCGCUCAGUGUGGAGGACAGGGAGAGGGUGCGGGCGGCUGCGCUGCACCGGGGCGAGGUGGAAGGGGCGGAGGAGCUGCUGCGGGCCGUGGAGCGGGGACCCCGCGGCUGUGGCUGGUUCCACGAGUUCUUGCAGGCGCUUGAGCACAGCGGCUGCGGCAUGGCCGCCUGCUACGUGAACCCCAGCCUCAGCCAGCUGCCCUCUCCGGCCGAGGAGGCCGACCACGACCUCUGCGUGCAAUUGGUGCAGCUGCUUCACAGCACUCUCGUGGAUAGUAUGCGGACCGUGCAGGUGGCCGAGAAGUGCCUGCAGAUGGGCAUCUUCCAGGAUGAGGACCUGGACGGGAUCCAUACUGUUACUGACAGUCGUGGGAACAGAGAAGGUGCAAGGGAGCUAUUGAGCAGAUUAGUGCAGAAGAAAGAUUGGUUCUCUCGUUUUUUGAUUGCUCUGCGUGAAACCCAGCAUGGAGGCCUUGCAGAUGAUUUAAGUGGUAAUAUAGGAGGAACAAAGGAUAAACAAAAUGGAAUGAAGAAAAGUACAAAUGAAGAAACAGAAGUUACAAGCCAACCAUGUUAUGCCAUAGUGGAGGACUUGAAGCAGCAGGAAAAUAUGAAUGAUAGUUUCAGCAGUGAGAACAAUUUAUUGGAAACAUCUAUUGGAAAGAAUUCUGUACUUUCAGAGUCAGAUGUCUCUACAGGAGUUGGAAGUGUCGGUAACUUGAAUGAAAACCUGAGACAGAGCUGCACAAGCAGUGAUUCAGACGAAGAGGAGAGCAGAGCUUCACCUGAGCCAGAUUUGGUCCUGAGAGAUUACCAGAUGGAAGUUGCAAAGCCAGCACUGAAUGGGGAGAAUAUUAUAAUAUGUCUCCCUACAGGCAGUGGUAAAACCAGAGUGGCUGUUUACAUUACCAAAGAUCAUUUGGAUAAAAAGAAAAGAGCAUCAGAGCCUGGAAAAGUUAUAGUCCUUGUUAAUAAGGUACCAUUGGUAGAACAGCAUUUACGAAAGGAGUUUAGUCCAUUCCUGAAGCGCUGGUAUCACGUUAUUGGUUUAAGUGGUGAUUCUCAGCUGAAAAUCUCAUUUCCUGAAGUUGUCAGAAGAAAUGAUGUCAUCAUCUGUACAGCACAGAUCCUUGAGAAUUCACUGCUAAAUGCAGACAAAGAAGAUGAAGAAGGUGUCCACUUAUCAGAUUUUUCACUCAUCAUUAUUGAUGAGUGUCAUCACACUCAAAAGGAAGGUGUCUACAACAACAUAAUGCGACGUUACUUAAAAGAAAAAAAGAAGAACAGGAAAUUGGCAAAAGGAAACAAACCACUGAUACCACAGCCUCAGAUUCUGGGACUUACAGCCUCACCUGGUGUAGGAGGUGCAACAUCCUAUUCCAAAGCUGAAGAACAUAUUCUGAAAAUCUGUGCCAAUCUUGAUGCAUGCAGAAUCAUGACUGUUGAGGAACAUGCCUCCCAACUGGAGAAUCAGGUGAAGGAACCUUUUAAGAAGACUGUGAUUGCAGAUGACAAAAAAAGGGAUCCAUUUAGAGAGAGGAUAACUGAGAUCAUGACAGAGAUUCAAAACUAUUGCCAGCUUCAUCCAAAAUCUGAGUUUGGAACUCAGCCAUAUGAACAGUGGGUGAUCAGAGAAGAGAAAAAAGCUGCAAAAGAAGAAAAACGCAAGGAACGUGUCUGCGCAGAACACCUGAAGAAAUAUAAUGAUGCUCUCCAGAUAAAUGAUACCAUCCGAAUGGUAGAUGCAUACAAUCACCUGAAUAACUUUUAUAAGGAUGAGAAAAGUAAGAAGACAGUAAGGAGUGGUGAUGAUGAUGAUGAUGCACCAGCAGUAUCAAAACAGGAUGAAACAGAUUUAUUUCUAAUAAAUUUAUUUCAUGCAAAAAAGAAACAGCUGAAGGAGUUGGCUAGAAUGCCAGAAUAUGAAAAUGAGAAGCUAACACAGUUGCGAAACACUUUAAUGGAGGAGUUCACGAAGACUGAGGCACCUAGAGGAAUUAUUUUCACAAAGACCCGGCUAAGUGCCUUUGCUCUAUUCCAGUGGAUUAAGGAUAACCCAAAAUUUGAAGAAGUGGGAAUUAAGGCCCAUUAUCUUAUUGGUGCUGGACAUAACAGUGAAAUGAAACCCAUGACUCAGAAUGAGCAACGGGAAGUUAUUGAUAAAUUCCGAGGUGGAAAUUUGAAUUUACUUGUUGCUACUACUGUAGCUGAGGAAGGACUAGACAUCAAAGAGUGUAACAUUGUUAUUCGGUAUGGCCUUGUCACCAAUGAAAUUGCUAUGGUGCAGGCUCGUGGUCGAGCUCGAGCUGAUGACAGCACCUAUGCACUUGUCGCUUCAAGUGGCUCAGGAGCUGUUGAACGUGAAGAUGUUAAUAUUUUCCGUGAGAAAAUGAUGUAUAAAGCCAUUCAGAAUGUCCAAAAGAUGCCACAGGAAGAGUAUUUAAAGAAGAUUCAGAAUUUCCAAUUGCAAAGUAUAGUGGAAAAAGAAAUGAAGGCAAAGAGACAUCAGCACAAGACACUCAAGAAAAAUCCUUCGCUAAUAACAUUCCUAUGCAAAAAUUGCCACAAGCUGGUAUGUUCUGGGGAAGACAUACGAGUUAUUGAAAACAUGCAUCAUGUCAGUGUGAAAAGAGAUUUCCAAAGUCUUUACCAUACAAGAGAAAAUAAGACACUGCAAGAUAAGAAUGCUGAUUACCAGGCAAAUGGAGAAGUUAUAUGUAAAGAUUGUGGACAAGCUUGGGGAAAUAUGAUGGUUCACCGAGGUCUUGACCUGCCUUGUCUAAAGAUUAUAAAUUUUGUGAUUGUGUUUGAAGACAAGAAGACAAGAAAGGAAAUUUUUAAGAAAUGGAGCGAGCUGCCCAUCGAGUUCCCUGGUUUUGAUUAUGCAGAUCAUUGUCCUUCAAGUGAUGAAGACUAAGGACUUAAAAUGAAAAUUAAAAGCCCUUCAACUUUUCCUGCUGAUUAGAAGCUCCUUUGUCCCAUAGGAAGUGCUGCAUCACAUCCUGUGAAAGCCCUUGGACCUGAGGAAACUGUCUUGAAGGGGAAAAAAAAACAAACAAGGAAGAAGGACGAAGUUGCAGGGCUGCUGUCUGCACUCAGAUUUGCUCUGGUACUCCAUGGAACAAAUUCCCAUCUCUACUCACUACAGUCCAUCAAGGGGUGACAACACUGUCAGAAGUGUGUUAGGUGACCUGUGGUCAAGCAUAGACCAUAGGACAAGAUAUCUUGAGAUGUGCCAUAGUGAUAAUUUUCUGUUUUUCUUCCUGCUAUAACCCUUUCGAAGAUAAAGUGUUACAAAAGAGAAGCUGUGUUAAAAGAUUGGCGGGGUGUUAUUUCUGCAUCAGUGUUGCUUCAUCAGCAUUUUCAUGACUAAGUUCUUCCACUCUUAUCUUUAGCUGUAAGCUCAUACAUUUUGGCAGACUAAAACUAAGUUUCUGUUAAAAGAUAUUUCAAAAAAUCAAGCCCUUAACCUGACUUGAAAUUGAUUAUUUUACUGUCCAAGAAGCACGAUGCCAAGUGACUUUGUGUGUUACUUUAAUUGGAUGGUUAGACUGACUAAAUAAUGAGGUAUGUAUUUUUUCAAUAAAUUACUAUAAUGAUUAA